AUGUCGGAUAAGGGAUCAAUUGGCUUAGGAUUGUCCAAGAGGCAAACUCUUCUAAAGGAUAAAUCAACUCGUGGCGAUGACCAGUCUCUCCUCCCAAAGGCAAUCAAGACUCACCCUCGAGGGAGUGAAGGCGAUGAAAAUGCGAAUGUCUAUUUUAUCGGCACGGCCACUACCAUAAUCGAAUGGGAAGGGUUUCGACUACUCACAGAUCCCAACUUCCUCCAUGCUGGUGACCACGUUCAUCUUGGUCCUGGAGUUACUGCUCAGAGGCAAACUAACCCAGCGGUUGACCUACAUGAGCUGCCAUCACUAGACGCAAUUCUUCUCUCGCAUUAUCAUGAAGAUCACUUCGAUCGGCUAGUAGAAGAUUCCCUCAAUAGAGAUUUCUUAAUUGUCACGACGCCUCAUGCGCAUAAAUGCUUGACAUCCAAGAACGAGCCGUUUCGCAAUGUCAAACCACUCGAUUUUUUUGACCACUUAGAGCUCAAAAACGAAGAUUCGAAGGCUGGUGAGCCUCUUCCCGUCAUCAAAGUCACAGGCAUGCCUGGCAAACAUGUUCCCCCUGGCCCCCUGGCUGCAGUCAACGACUUGCUCGGUGCUGUUCCGCCAACAAAUGGCUGGAUGCUCGAACUGGGUUACCACAAAGUUGAGAAUGGCAAGCUCCAAACUGGUUAUCGGAUUUACAUCUCUGGAGAUACUCUUCUUGUGGAUGAGCUCAAGGAAAUUCCGAAAUGGCUUCGAGAAGAGCGCAUUGAUCUGAUGCUCAUCCACCUCGGAGGUACCACUAUCCCUGGGCCAUCUGCGCCAUUGAUCAUGGUCACACUUGAUGCGAAGCAAGGUGUUGAGUUGAUGAAAAUGAUGGAUCCAGAGGUCACGAUUCCAAUUCAUUAUGAUGACUACGACGUAUUUCUGUCUCCUCGCAAAGACUUUGAGACUGCCGUCAAGGAAGCCGGGAUGGAGAAUCGAGUAGUUAUUCUGGACCGAGGCGAUAGAUAUGGGUUCACUGUGAAGAAGAUUUAAAUCACAUUGGA